AUUCCAGUAGAGGAUUCCCGAGAGUGGCCUUCCGAAUCCGUGCCGAUGAGGGCAUUCAUUGUAUGAAUGUCCUUGGAGAACUAGCGGAAACCGGUCGAGUCCAGCAACACGUACUCGGGUGUACUAGGUUCAAGAACCUGUCAAUUCAUUCUCGUCGCUCUGAGUCAGAUUAUUAUCAUCCUACGUGGGCGGUCGUCAUCAUGACGCCCGUUUGACCGUGAGGGAUCGAACUCGCUGUGACUGGGAUUGCUAUUACACGUCUCGGAAGCACUAGAGACGGAUUCGUUUACCUGGUGGCGGCGACGUGAGUGAUUUCGGAAAAUGGAAACCUUCGAGCGAACUUCGGAGGGGAACGACACCGUGAGCUUGCAUCAACUUACGGAAUUUCUGAGGAACACCUAUCCGAGAUGCGACGACGAUGAGAAAUUCGGAGCAAGAGCUCACCAUAUAUUCAAGAAAUAUGGUGGCACGGACGCGCUAUCGAGGGACGGAUUCCUUUGUCUAUGGAACACUUUGUUGGAGAAGUGCAUCAAACCAAAGAGUGCUCUUGUGGUGGUCGACUACCAGAACGACUUCAUUGACGGUUCCUUAUCUCUGAAGAAAUGUCCUCUCGGAGAUGACCCGGAACUUCUACUGCCUCGGCUAAACGAAUUCAUUGUGAAAUCUGAUGAAGUUGUAUACAGUUUGGACUGGCAUCCCGAGGACCAUAUCUCAUUCAUCGAAUGCCGGAAUCGGCGGAAAACUCAUGAGAGUAAUCGUAUAGAUCCCGGAGCGGUGAAAGUUGCCGAGGAACUGUUCUUCGAGAUCCAGGGUAGGCCAUAUAUUCAGAAAAUGUGGCCUCGGCAUUGUGUCCAGCAUUCAGAAGGCGCGCGACUGCACAAAGAUCUCGUAGUCAAAGAGGGCGCAAUAUUCGUCUACAAAGGAACCGAUCCAGAAGUGGAUUCUUAUUCAGCUUUCUGGGAUAAUCGCCGUUCGAGCAAGACGAACCUUAAAGAGUCGCUAUUGGAGCGGGGUAUCACCAACCUGAUAGUUGUCGGACUCGCUUUUGACGCUUGUGUUCUCUUCACUGCGCUGGACGCCAUACGGGAAGGAUUCACAACGUGCGUCGUACGAGAACUGACAUCGGCAAUCUCGGAAGCGACCAUUGAAGAAGCAGUGCAGAAGUUGACCGAUGCUCACUGUCCUCGAAUCUCAUUUGACGCGGCGUACCGGAUGCUCUCAGGAGGUCCGCUGCCUUGGAUAUUCGUCUGGCAACAAGCGUGCCAAGUGAGCCUGGUCAGGGACACGUGUUGUCCCAGCAGCCCGGCAUCGGACCGUGAAAUAGACGAGUCGGAUUGAGAAAAUAAAAUCCGUUAUUUUUUAGAACACA